AUGUCAGAAGAAAAACUAGUAACAGAAGUGCCCAGCAGCCUUAAACAACUGGCCCGUCUUGUCGUCCGAGGUUUUUACACCAUAGAGGAUGCCCUAAUAGUGGACAUGCUGGUAAGAAACCCUUGCAUGAAAGAAGACGAUAUCUGCGAGCUCCUAAAAUUCGAAAGAAAAAUGCUCAGAGCCAGAAUAGCCAUGCUGAAAAACGACAAAUUCAUCCAAGUCCGGCUCAGAAUGGAAACCGGAGCGGACGGCAAGGCUCAAAAGGUAAACUACUAUUUCAUCAACUACAAGAGCUUUGUAAAUGUAGUCAAAUACAAAUUGGAUCUUAUGAGAAAAAGACUGGAAACUGAGGAACGGGACGCUACUAGCAGGGCCAGUUUCAAGUGCUUGGCGUGCCUCAAAACUUUUACUGAUCUCGAAGCUGACCAGCUCUUUGAUUUUAUGACCGGUGAAUUCAGAUGCACUUUCUGCAAGGAAGUUGUUGAAGAAGACUCUUCGGCCCUCCCUAAAAAAGACUCCAGACUGUUAUUAGCUAAAUUCAAUGAGCAACUAGAACCUCUUUAUAUUUUAUUACGCGAAGUGGAAGGCAUUAAAUUGGCUCCUGAAGUGCUCGAACCUGAACCAGUUGAUAUAAGCACCAUUAGAGGAUUGGAUAAAAAAUCAACUGGAAUUCCUGGGCAAGAAUGGUCAGGAGAAGCUACCAGAGGUGGUGGAUUUGCUGUUGAAGAAACCAGAGUUGAUAUUUCAAUUGGCGAAGAUACUAAUGCUAGUGCAGCAGCUAAUCAUAAGGAAGCACCAAUUUGGAUGACUGAAUCCACUGUCAUUUCAAACAUUAUACCAGGAGACAAUAAGAAUACUGAUAGUGAUCAAAAUGAAGAAACCAAUAGUCAAGUACCUAAAAAUGAUGAUAUAAUGAGUGCAUUGUUGGCUCACGAAAAACGACCAACUAAUCAAACUUCCAGUGCAGUUAAAGGACUGGUCACUAACAAUGAUUCAGACUCUGAUUCUGACCAAUUAAAUCAAGUGAAAAAUCAUGUUGAUGAAGAAGUGGAAACAAUGGAGAGUGAAGAUGAAGACGAUGGCAGUGUUCCAACAGUUAAUGUUGGUAUUAAAACUUAUUUAAUUACUGAUAUUAAUGAUAGUAUUAUAAGUGAAAUGACACAAGCUGAAAAAGAGAUUUAUGUGCAAGUGUUUCAAGAUUAUUAUUCGCAUAUGAAUUAUUAG